AUGAGAGCGUAUUGGUUCGACGACGCUGAGGGCGACCAGCGCGCACCUCAUGACUCAGGCCGUGCUGUUGACACAGACUACCUCGCUAGAAUAGGUGUUCUAUAUAAGAAAUGCCCUUCAGUUGACGACGUCAACGCCCUGGCUUCGGAGCGGGGUUAUAAGAACCGCGAUGAGAUAACAGUCUCUCCCGAGAAGAUGGGUGCAGUCUACGAGGAAAAAGUGAAGUCAUUCUUCGAUGAGCACCUUCAUGAAGAUGAGGAGAUUAGGUACAUUCUGGAUGGCGAAGGAUAUUUCGAUGUUCGCAGCAGAGACGACAAGUGGGUGCGGAUUAAAGUUGAGAAGGAGGACCUACUUAUCUUGCCUGCCGGAAUAUACCAUCGCUUCACGACGGGAGAGAGCAAUUAUAUCAAAGCGAUGAGGUUGUUCCAGGAUGAGCCGAAAUGGACGCCUUUGAACCGCGAACCAGCGCUUGAUAACAAUUCGUUCAGACAGAGCUAUGUUGCUGCCCAUGUGUAA